AUGCCAGAAACAGCAUACGACCGUUCAAUAGAACUUCAAUCGGACAUUGCAGUUCAGGGCGAGUGCCAACACCAAGGCACCACCGGAUUAGCCCACAAAGACGAGACCGUAAAACAGACAAUCAGUUCCCUCGGCAAUGCUAUGAUAGAAGGGGAAGAAAUUGACUCGACCAUUCGCGGCGAGAUUACAAAGAUAAAAGCGUCAUUCGACAAGAUUGAGACACAUUUUGUUCUAGGUGAGGAGGCUGAUAUCAAACGCGGCAAAGCCCGCGCCGAUUUGAUGCUGUUUCUGCUCCGAUUACACCAAUACACCAAUACACCAGAUACUACCGUAUCCGGAAGAUCAGAAGAAGAAGACCAAAGAUGCCGAAGUGGACAAGCUGAAAUGAACACUAAGACAUGCCCUUCGGCGUCUGCAAGCUCCGCUAGCACUACACGAACUCAAUUCUACGAUGAAUUCCAUCGAUAUUUGAACAUUACGAACAGAUCGACAGCUUCUUUCCUUUGCCAUCUGCACGCCUUGGUUGCUGCCGCGUUCGACGAUGACUCCAUGGAGACUAGAUAUGAUAGGAUGCAAUCGUUGUUGAUUGACGAUUUCGGUAUACAAAGCCAAGAGCCGCUCAGAUUGGGCGACAUUCUUCGAAGGCUAAAGAACGAAGAUAGUGGCGACAGUUUUGUGAUGCCAUGUGCGGCAUCCAAUGAACAUCCAGGCACGAUGCCAACGGCAUCUUGGGUCAACGAGGACCGUGACCCAUGGACCGAUUUGGAUAUUUUUAGCAGUGUUUUUAAUGUGUCAGUUCAGCAAAAGGACCUAGGGAACACUCCAUCUGAAUCAAGAACUGUUUGUCAGGCGGACUGCAGCAAAGCUGCAGAACUACAAACUAAACCUGCGUCAGAGAACCCAGGAACAGUUGCACCCACUCCACAGUCGCCUGUUGGGGGAGAACUCUCAGUUACCUCCAAUGCCUCCUCGAUCGAAAUGCGUCCAUGUGAACAAGCCGAACAGGAGAUUGAUCCAGUAGAACUACAUUCACCUGUACAGAAAAAUUUCGAUCAAAGCAGCCCAAUUUCAAAAGAUCAACUGAAACAACACAUGGAGAGUGCGAUCAAAAGUUUACCAACAGAUGUGCCGUGGUCUGAUGAUGGGUCUACCCAGAAUCAAAAACCCGAGGAGACGCCCGAACUGAGCAGCUCGGACCAGAUACUCUCACCAGAGAGAUCAGCGUCACCAGAGCAGUCACCAUCACCAGAGGAAUCGCCGUCAUCGGGGAAAUCACCGUCACCAGAGUGCAGCAGUUCGGCACCUGUAUUGGAGGCUUGCGAAACUUUCCCCUCUCUAAAUCACAAUGCGAGUGUAGGCUCUGCCGAACAUGCGCUGGCAAAGAAGCAAAAGAUAGAAGUUGGCUUGACUUCCCCGAAACGAAGUCUCCAUAGGCUAGCAAAAGCCUCAAUUCGUUGGUCGAUCCGAACACACCUACGAUUCUUCGACAAUGUCGAGGAUCUUGAUCACAAUGAUUUUGGACCCAGUUCGGUCCGAAUCGAAAGUCUUGUGCAGAAGUCUAUUGAAAUAGCGCCAUAUACUUUUAGCCAAACUGUAAUUGAGCAGAAAGCUCAGGAAGCUAGAGACAAUGGCGAUCAAUUCGACUUCACCGAAGAUAGCGAUGGCGAUGGAUCCGAAGGCAGCGCGGCCGGAAAAGAGGGAUCUUCCUCAGCCAUGGAAGCUAAGGAGGCCAGGAUGAGUCGCGAACAUAUGAGUUCGGACAAUUAA